AAGAAACGGAAGCAGGAAACGAGUAAAUUCCUUCCAAAUAAGGCUACAUUGUAUGCAAGCUAUCGUAAAAUUGCUCAAGGGAUGGCUCAACCAAGACCGACUGCCUUGGAGAACUCAAAAGUGGUCAGAGUUGGCAACAAACUGUAUAUAAAAAAAGAGGAUAAACUUUACGCAGUUGGUGAGAGUGCUGAAAGAAUUGUUGCAGAGCACAGUACUGCGAAUAACGUCCGCGUCGUCAACUUGGAUGAGCAGUGCAAAAUAGAAGUGGAAAGUAACAGUUUAUUUACAGACUCUGAUUCGGGAAUACAUUCCUAUCAAUAUAAAUAUGAAAUCUAGUAACAAACCAGACCCGACUGGCAUUGCUGAUGAAUCAGAUAAGCUGCAAGACAUGUACACUACCACCGAGAUAAGUCUUGUCGAUUCUGGUGUAGGUUAUAUGUCAGACUCGUCCUCGGUCUUCAAAAUUAACAAGCGUAUUUCAUCGGACAUGUCGUCUAUUUCCAAACCUGAGGAGACUGUCCGAAAUGCCCAGUACGUUGACAAGGCGAGCCGGAAUACAGCAGAAGUUGAGAACUGGCAAGAAUUGUUUGAAAGACCAACAGCCCAACAGCGAAAACAGUUCUACCAGCAGAGACAAAAGGAAAAACAACACAAGAUGCAAAGAGUGCCUCAGAUCAUGUAUCAUAGCGACAAAGUUAGACUGGUGGAUAACGUUGCUGGACAACGUAUUCUCAAAGAACUUUCUGUGAUGGAUAGAAUUGGGAAACAUCCAGAUGGUGAAAUGCAGUGGCGUUCCAUAGCGCCCAUUCCGGCGCGUCUCAGUGUGCACACACAUGGAGAGAAAACUGGGAAUACUAAAUUCGGACUGCUGAAUAUGUCAUGGACAUCCGGACUGCCGAAGUUCCAGCAUGACUCCAGAAUUGGCAAUGAAUGCAAUAUACCGCAGCUGGAUAUUAGCAGAGAUCAGGGCAGACAAAGAUUACAAGAUUACAUGCUACCAUCAUCUUCGUCGUUCAUUGCGAGUAAUUUACACCGUAAUUGGCAAGCUAAGAGGUGUAAUUUACUCACUUCUUGUUCGUCGCAAGCAACACAUUCAGACUAUCAGUGGGAAAGCCAUAAAACAAUCAAGAUUUCUACUGCAUCUGCAGAUACUACUUUACCACCACGAGACGGCAAGAUUCAAAAUUGUGUCACAACAAAUGUCAAACAGCAGAUGCCGCCGUCCUUGAAUCUUCCUAAGAUGAGACCCACAGCUAUUAUCGGCACAAAAGCAUUGAAUAAACUGAAUAGUAAUUCAAAACUGCCGGAUAUAACAGCUUCAUUACGAUUCCUGACUAGCAGAAAGGAUGAAGUUCCCCAGAAUGCAUAAAUUGUCCCUCUCCAUGAAUUUAUCUGUAAGGUCAAUAAAAUCGGUGCAAUAUACU